AUGCAUUGGAAGGUACUCCGCAGAAAGAGUCGAGACUGUGAUGUUCCGUGGAACCGACUACGCUGUGAACUCGACUGGAAACCCUUUGUCGAAGCUGUCAAUGUCGAGCGCUUAUCACCUAAGCCCGAAUGGCAGGCCCUCAUCAACGUCGAUUCGCAUUACUCCCUGCCGAAGUCGCUCUACCAAAGUGACGACGACUCCCAGGCCCCGCUACACUCCUCCCAAGUCAGGAAAUGGUGUCAAACUGCUCGGCCUAGACGCCCUAAGAGUGCUACAGUUGCGCAUCUUCAGAAUAUCGAGCCUGGAUUCGAGGGUGACCCCGCUAAGUACGACAAGCUUGCCGCGCUACGAGGAUUUCAAGCCCGCUGGAUGUGCUCGAAGCAAAUCACCAAAGCAGCUGCAAUGAAGGCCAUUUAA